UGACCACACGGAGACCAGUGUGUGUGUGUGUGUGUGUGUGUGUGUGUGUGUGUGUGAAAGAACAGUGAGUGUGUGUUUCAGCACAGCAGCUCAACCGUUCAUUCGUUUUGGUCAUUAGUUGAUUAAUUAUUUAGUGUAUCUGAGGUUUAUUAUUUAUUUAGUGUAUCUGAAGUUGCACAGGCGUUACUUCCAACGUGUGAUAGGGUAGUGUAGGUGAGUGUGUGUGAGCGCGCGUGUGUGAGUGUGUGUGAGCGACUGGAGACGGACGAUGGUGGCUCAGAAGAAGCUGGGUGUUACUGACCCAGACGAAUGGAAUGAGCCUCUACUGCCUGCUAUUCCAAACACAAACACUGACGCAUACACUCACACACACACCAAUACACAAACUCACACACACACCAACACACACACUCACACACACCAGGCCAGCAGCAGGUCUAAGAGGGGGGAUGCCAGAGAGUUCUUCCUCAGCCGGGAGAGGAACCUGAGCUUAAGUGUGUUGUUGUUAUUGGGCUGCUUCUCUGCCCUGUUGGUCCCCGCCUACCUGCCCUCUGGCACACCCCUCUGGACCAAUGACAGCACUCCUGCAGCCAACAAGGCUCUGCUGGACCACUCAGCUGCUCUGUUGGAAGGGGUGUGUCUUAGGGGGCGAAGCCGAAGCAGAUUGGGGUCAGUGCCGUUUGCAGACAGGCUGAGUGAAGUGGGUGUGUUCCUGCAGAGUGAAGAGGCGGGGCCAUGGGAGUUAGGACCGCCCCUGGGCCUGCGAGGGGUGGGGCAGACUCUGAAGGAUGCACUGAGCACACUUACAGAGAGCGGUCUGCCGCCACAGCUCAAUGGCUCCACCUGCAGGCGAUGUGCUGUAGUGGGCAGCGGAGGAGUCCUGCACGGAAGUCAGCUGGGAGCACACAUCGACCAGCAUGACAUCAUCAUCAGGAUGAAUAACGCUCCGGUGUUUGGCUUUGAGCGUGACGCCGGCUCCAGGACGUCCAUCCGGCUGCUGUACCCUGAGGGAGCUCCUCUCCUGGAGCGCGAGUACCAGAACACCAGCCUGCUGGCGCUGGUGCCCUUUAAGGCCCUGGACCUGUACUGGCUGUCCAGUGUGGUGGCCAGGACACCUCUGAGCUGGUGGUCCAGGUUGUGGUUCUGGAGACAGGUGGUGGAAAAUGUUCCACUUCAGCCACGGAACUUCCGGAUCCUCAACCCAGACAUCAUGCACAGAGCAGGACUUGUGCUCCAGGAUUACGCCCAACAGCCACGAACGAUGGUGCCUACGCUGGGUGUGUGUGCGGUGGUCAUGGCGCUGCAGGUGUGUGAUGAGGUGAGUCUGGCAGGGUUCGGUUACGACCUGCAGCAUCCCGCCUCCCGCCUGCACUACUACGAGACGCUCCGCAUGGGUGCCAUGGCAACACAGGUGGUGCACGACGUGGGGGCGGAGACUCGAUUCCUACGGCAAAUGGUGAAAGUGGGUGUGGUGAAUGACCUCACCGGAGCAAUCUGAUUGGCUCAGUGGCUUCAUCAGCCCAAUGUGAUUGGCUGAUCAUAGAUAGUAAUACUCUUUUACAAACGGAGAAGACGAUCGCUGUCUGAAAUGUCCACUCACCCACUAUAUAGUACACACACACACACACACACACACACACACACACACACACACACACACACACACACACACACACACACACACACACACACACACACACACACACACACUCUCUCUCUCUGAACUCUCCCUACUGUUUUAACAGCUGAACUCAACAGUGAACUCGAUCGAUGUUUCUAUAUAGUGAGUGAGUGAUUCAACAUCAGUGCACAUUUAUCCCUCUCACACACACACAAACUUACAGCUGUACACACAGAAAGACACACACUCCAGUACACACACUCACAAACCUGGGAAAGGAUUAAAAAAAAAGUAAUUUAUUAAAAGGAAAUGUAUUAAAAGGAAGUUUGCAACAGCGGAAAUGAUGAGGAAGUCAUAAAUAUGUUAAAUGUAUCAUGAACUACAGCAUUUGAGAUGGUUCAUUCAUCCAUGUAUGUAUGUAUGUAUGUAUGUAUGUAUGUAUGUAUGUAAGUAUGUAAGUAUGUAAGUAUAUAUGUAUGUAUGUAAGUAAGUAUGUUGAACGACAGCAUCUGGGAUGGCUCAUGGUCAAUAAAAUGGAAAAAAAACA